CACACCCCUUGGUUUUAUUCCACGAAACACCAUGUCGGAUGCUGGAAGGAAUUACAUACCCCCCUGGAUGCGCUACAUGCAGCGCGACACCGGACACUGGGGCUUUGUCAUCUACCGGUGCGCAUGCUACGGCGACCCCGAUCGAUGGGCCCGGUACCGCGCAGCGCUGGACCGGGUCUGGGACAAUGCGUGGAAGCUCUGGUUCCGCAGUUACCGCUCUAAUGGGGUCACUGAGGAGAUGUGGCACGUGGCAACGGAGCGGAUGGAUUUGGUGUGGGUAGAGGAUGAGGAAUUGCAGGGUAAGGGAGUGGAUGAAGUCCGGAGCUCCUUCAAGAAACUGCAACAAGCCAUGCCAUCACCAGACGCCGAGCCUCGACUCAGCCAAGACCCCUGGAAUUUGGAUCUACCGAUUCCCUACCACAAGGACCGCCAGGUCUGUCUCUUAGUCGAUGAGGAGUCCGUCACGUCCCUGCUCGGUGCACCAGGGCAGGAGGUCUCGCUGCCGGAGGACCCAAUGAGUGCUAUUCGCAAGCACGUCCGCAACAGCUACAUCAUAGCAGUCGAUGCAGACUACAGCCCGGAGAACGGCUAUGUUUCUGGGAGAGCGCCGGCUCCGUACACCGGCUGGGUUAGAAUCGCUGUGGGGGUUGUUUUCACAGAACUAUGUCCCAAGAGGAUCUGGAUUAAUGAUAUGCUUCCUCUGGAUUAUAUGUAUAGUCAGGCCUAUGAGCGGGACUCUUCGGGUGGGGUUUGGAGUGGAUAGAGAAGAGAGAGACGCCUAUGGAUCUUUCGUGUCUGUUGCUCAUCUUCCAGGCGAUCAAGCAUUUCUUUGAGAUUUGUAGAGACGGGAUUCUUGCAUAGAUUACGCCCGUAGGUAUCAGUGUAGAGGAUUCAGUUCCAUUCUCAUGAUGUGAAUGCCAGUUACCCUGGCAGGCAACUACUAUUAUGUAUAUAUACCUAGCAGCAAUACUGCAGUAUCCUCCAUCUAAACCAACACGCAUAUCCGU